AUGAGUAAAGAAGAGAAACCUUCAAACAACUCUGUGUACAAUGAGCUCCGUCUGACGGAGGAACAUUGUGACGCCGUUAUCAAGGUUGAGGAUGUUGAAUUUCAAGUCCAUAAAGUCGUGCUGUGUAACUGUACCCCAUAUUUUCGAGCUCUCUUCUCUUCUCGCUGGUCUAACCGGGACAAGAAGAUCUUUAACAUUCCCAACGUGUCUCCUGACACAAUGCAGCUCAUCCUUGCCCAUGCUUACACCGGCUCCGUUUCUGUCACAGAGGACAACGUGCUGGACCUUCUGAUUGCUGCCGAUCAGUUCAACAUAGACGAUGUCAUACGUAUUUGCUACAAUUUCCUUGAGGAGCAAAUGUGCCCUGAAAACUGUAUUGGCAUUUGGCAAUUAACCAACACAUGCUUCUACCCCAAACUGCGCUCCAAGGCUUUUCACUACAUCACUGAGCACUUUGAGGAGGUUGCAAGCUGUGAAGAGUUCCUGCAGAUCCCCGUGGAGGAGCUCACUGAUAUCAUUGAAAAAGACCAACUCAAUGUAAAACAGGAGAGUACUGUGUUUGAGGCCAUCAUUAGGUGGAUUAACCAUUUACCCAAUGAACGGGAGAAACACAUUGUUGCUCUCUUACCGAAGGUCCGACUGGCUCUGUUGGAUAUGGAGUAUUUUAAGAUGAAAGUGAUCACCAGUGAGGUGGUGAAGAGGAACCCUGAAUGCUACUCCAUGAUCAGUGAUGUUCCCAGAGCCAUAGCUAAUGUCAUCAGAUUUGGGCUGCCUUCACGUUGCUACGGCAACAGAUUUACCCGGCCUCGCAUGCCAAGGUCCAUUUUGCUGGCCAUGGGGGGAUGGAGUGUUGGAGAUCCAACCAACAGCAUUGAGGCCUAUGAUAUCCGGACUAACCAAUGGACAAAUGUGCCGAACGAUGCUGGGCGUCCUCGUGCCUAUCACGGCACUGCGUUCCUCAAUGGGUACGUGUACUUUAUUGGGGGUUUUGACAGACGGACCUAUUUCAACAGUGUGUGCAGGUGGGACCCAACAACACACACGUGGCAGGAAGUGGCACCGAUGUACUAUCGUCGCUGCUACGUAAGUGUGAUUGUACUAAAUGGGUGCAUAUAUGCUAUUGGAGGCCACAAUGGGCACACUCGGCUCAGCACCGUAGAGUACUACGAACCCCAGACCAACCAGUGGACUUGUAUUGCACCGAUGCACGAGCAGAGGAGUGACGCCAGCUGCACAACAUUACACAACAAGAUCUAUAUUUGUGGUGGAUUCAAUGGGCAAGAGUGCCUGGAAACAGCUGAAUACUACGAUCCACAGACUAUGCAGUGGACAUUGAUCUCACCAAUGACUUGUCGGCGCAGUGGAGUUGGGGUGGUUGCGUACGGAGAUAAAGUCUAUGCAGUUGGAGGGUUUGAUGGUGAGAACCGUCUCAGCACUGCUGAGUGCUACAACCCAGGAACCAACACUUGGAACAACGUUGCAUCCAUGAUAACUACCCGCAGCAACUUUGGCAUCGAAGUCAUGGAAGACCUGCUCUUUGUUGUGGGGGGUUUCAACGGCUUCACCACCACCUGUAGUGUGGAGAACUACAACAGAGAAACAGAUGAAUGGUGCGAGGUAUGCGAUAUGGAUGUCUUCCGGAGCGCCCUGAGCUGCUGCGUUGUGUUUGGAUUCCCCAAUAUGGCUGAUUAUGUUCCCCCUCGUGACCCCCGGAGUGACUCUGCCUCCUCCUGAAACCAAUGUGCCCAACUGUUACAGUCACCAUCCCU